GGCAUGGACAUGUCCCGCAAGUUCUUACAAAUGGGCAUGACGCGCGCAAAGAGGUAUGCAAACCAUGCUGGCGGCAAAAAGUACGAUAAAAACACUGGAGAGAAAUUGGACAAAAGUAAAGGACACAAGGGUAUGAAGGAAAAGCUCGAGGCGAGCGAGGUAUUCAAGGAGGUGUGGGAGCGAGCCAAAAUGCACGACGGUUAUGUGGACAAGAAAGAGAGGUUCUUGAAAGAGCAAAAAGAGUGGGAUAAGGCGAGAAGGAGGGGGGUGAAGGAAUGAACCCUUGCUUGAACAAUGCGCCCACCGAAUGGCGGUUUCACCAUGCAAGUCAUUGUCAACCAAUCAACAGCAAAAAGAUUUGGGUAUUGGAAGACUCGAACUUCCGUUUCUCGCGAUAUCUAUAGUCUGCUACAGACUCUAGACAUAUAGCUACAUUGGGUGGCAUAGGUGCAAUAAUCUGCCCAUGAACACUGGUUAGGUGCCCCGUGCCAUAUCGGCUCCCAACGCUAAGCGUUUGAUGUCCCUGGCGCGAGCGUCUUGCCACUGGACCAAAUCCCCUAUUAAUCUACUGUUAGAGGAGUAUGGAGUUGCUUGGAUAUCGUAGAAAGGGGCAUGCAAUACAUAGGACCAACAUCGUUGUGCUCAAAGGAUAGAAGA